CGAGAAGCCAGAGCCAUUCCUCCGCCGCAGCGUCUCCGCCCUCCGCCAUGGCCGACGUGGAGGACGGAGACGAGCCGGGCGCCCCCCACUCUCACCCGGGCUCCUCGGGCGCCAAGGCGGGCGCUGCCGACAAGAUGUUCUCGCUGAAGAAGUGGAACGCGGUGGCCAUGUGGAGCUGGGACGUGGAGUGCGACACCUGCGCCAUCUGCCGGGUACAGGUCAUGGAUGCCUGUCUUAGAUGUCAAGCUGAAAACAAACAAGAAGAUUGUGUUGUUGUCUGGGGAGAAUGUAAUCAUUCCUUCCACAAUUGCUGCAUGUCCCUAUGGGUGAAACAGAACAAUCGCUGUCCCCUCUGUCAACAGGACUGGGUGGUCCAGAGAAUAGGCAAAUGAAAACAUUGGCAGUUUUUCUGUUGAACUUGUUUGAAGCAAUAUAUGUCUGAUGCCAUAUAGCCAUAUGAAAGGGAGGAACACUCUAACUGUGGUGUGAUUCAUUCAAUUUAUAUCUAUGUUAAAAGAAUACUAUGGUUUUGUUGUGCUUGAACACGCUCUAAUAUGUUGGUGUGCCAUUUUGUCUGAUCUUAUUUCAGCAUCCUUCCACAGCUAAGGACAUAGGCACGCUACCUUAAAGUCUGUCUGUCUGUCAAUGUUCUGGUGUGAAUUGUAUCAACUGCUUAGAAAUGCUGUGGUGCCGAAAAUACACAAUUACAAUCUACCACCAAACCACCAUAAAUAAUUUUGCCUGAUCGUGAUUUUUUGACUAAAAUAAAUAGUGUGUGAAACAUUCA